AUGAAGAGUUCGACUCUUCUGAGCUGCCUGUUCGCAGCCGGUGCUCAGGCCUGGAUGCCUGCAGACCGCGAACUCCCAGCCUUCAACCGCACCAGCAACUAUGUGAGCAAACGUGCUCAUUCACUUCCGAGUUGGAAGAUUCGUGGAGUCAACCUCGGCGGCUGGUUGCUGUCGGAACCAUGGAUGAUGAAUCAAGAAUGGUCAGAAAUGGGCUGCGGUGACUCCUGCUCCGAAUUUGACUGUGUCAACAAGCUUGGCCAAGCUCAAGCAAACACUGCUUUCAAUGGCCAUUACUCUCGCUGGAUCACUCCGAGCAUGAUCCAAGAUAUCCACAAUGCCGGUCUAAAUACCAUUCGUAUUCCAAUUGGAUAUUGGAGUCUUCACACCCUGGUGGACAGCAGCGAGCACUUCCCUGAGAUGGACCUGAAAUACCUUGAUGCUGUUAUCCAAAAGGCUGCGGACCUGGGUAUGUUCGUUGUCAUCGAUCUGCAUGGUGCGCCUGGUUCACAAAAGGUAGGAGAUGCGUUUACUGGACAAUGUCUUCCUGAGGCAUACCUUCCAGGCUUUUUCUCGCAAGCCAACUAUGACCGCGCGACAAAGUGGCUUGACUGGAUGACCAAGCGUAUCCAUAACACUCCAUCAUACAGGGCCACAGUCGGUAUCAUCGAAGUUGUCAACGAGCCGCAAACUGGUCGUGAUCAAGGUGGCAUGCCGCAAGCCGAGAAAGAUACUCUGACACAAAAGUACUAUCCACAAGCUCUCGCUGCUGUCCGCAACGCUGAGAAUUCUCUGGGCAUCUCCGAUGACCAGCGCCUCCACGUCCAAUUUAUGGACUCUCAAUGGGGCGCCGGAAACCCUAAGUCCAACCUCCCUUCAGACUCCAAAGUUAUCUUUGAUGAUCACAACUAUGUCGGCGGAGCUGUAACCUCAACAAAACCCGAUGCCAAACAAGGCGACUACAUGUACUACACAUGCUACACCGACAACCGCCAGACCGACGGCGAUAACCCUAAGAUCGUGCAAGAAUGGAGUCUCACUGUCGCCAACGAGUACAGCACUGAAUUUGACUGGAAGAACGACGCCAACACGCCUUUCUACAAGCAGUGGUUCAUAGCGCAGCAAAGACUCUAUGAGAGGACUAACGGUUGGAUCUUCUGGACGUGGAGGACACAGCUUGACGACCCAAGAUGGGACUACAGUUACCUGGUCUACAAGCAAUGGGUUCCGACUUCCGCGGCAGGACUGGACGCUAGUGCGAACCAAGACGUCUGCAAGACGUACUUCGGCAGGAGAAGGAGGUCGUGGGGAAAGAAGUGA